CACACCCUUCCUCCCUUCCCUGAAGCCAUGUCCUUGAGAGUGCCGGGCAGCUUGAAUACAUGGGGCUUUUCCAUGAUCCCAGAGUCCUGGGAGAAGGCAGUGACCUGAGCAGGAACGGGCAGAACUGUGGGGUCAGGCCAGGCUUCAGGCUGGCCUUCUCCUCUGACCCACUCAGCUGCCUCUCUGGGGUUUUCCACAGCAGGCACCCCUUGGAUUCUUCCUCUACCCCGCCCUUCCCUCCCUUUGUCUUCCUGUGGCCUCCCCUUCCUCCUACCACCUCCUCCUCCAGGGAGGGGGGGCCUGUGGGGGAAGGAAAGCUGCCUCUGUCACGGAGUAGGCAGCGGUCCCAGGAGAGGUCAGAGCCCAGGGCGCCUCAGCUCUCGCCUGUGGGCUGGAAGGUCAGGACCCAGCCCCAUCUGGCCAGCCUCCCCACCUGGUGCCAGGCUCCGCAUGGGCCUGUUUUGCUUCACUGCAUACCUCUCGUUCCACAGGCCAGGCCAGCCUGGCCAGGGGUAGGGAGGAGACACCUUAGGAGAGGCUGGGAGAGGCUGGAGGAGCCCAGCGGGGCCAGGUAGGUGAGCAGGCAGCGCUGAUGGCCUCCAGGGACUGAGCCCAAGGGAACCAGAGCAGGAGAUGAGAGUGUCUGCCCUGCGACAGGUGCUCUGCACUAGCUCCAGAUGGGGAUCCAGAGGCUGCUAAUCCAUCAUCAUUUGUGGAUUGAGCCGGUGGCAGUUGCUGAUAACUGAGAACAGGUCGCAGAGCUCAGCCACAGGAUCACGCUCCAGGCCGCUUGCAGCAGGACCAGGCUCGAUGCUGAGUCAAAGAUCAACUUAGGUGGAAACUGGAGUUUUGGGCGAGAGCAACUCCUUGGUGGCCUUACUCAGCCCUGCGGCGCUCACACCCAGGACAGUCCCUAGGGCCGAGUAGGCAGCACUGUGGCGGUGGCGGGGGGGGGGGGGCUUGAAUCCCUGGUCCCAUUGAGGUCUUAGUGUGUUUCCCCGCUGGUCUUGAACUCCUGAGUUCAAGCAGUCCUCUCAGCCCAGCCUCCCAAAGUGCUGGCUUUACAGGCGAGAGCCACGGCACCCGGCCCCUGGCCCCACUUCGCCCCACUUCUCCCCACUGCCCAUGCAGUGAGCAGUCGGGCCUGUCACUGACGGAGCAGAGGCAAGCUCAGGGGACUGAGAUCCCUGGCUGAGUAGCCUUGGUGAAGGAAUUGGGGGCUAAGUUCCAGUCCAGGCUGGAUGGAGCCCAGGGCUGUGUGUCUCCCAGCCUCCUGUCCUCUCAUCCACAUUCAUCUUCCUUAGAGACUCGAAUGCCCCAACACCUAGGUCUGCGAGGGUCAGACUGUUCUCACGGUCCCUCCAUCCUUCUCCACUGAAGGCUGCUCCUCAUUUUGUCUGUCCCUUGUUGCUCUCAUGUCUGUCUCUGUCAUCUUUUCACUCCUUGUCCCUCUUACUCCGUUCUCUGGCCCCCGAUGAAAGCUGAGUCAGAGACAGACACUUCCCCUCAGUUCCCAAUGCCUCCCUUGGGGGGCCCCACCUUGGCCGUAUCCGUCUGUGGCUCCAGGGUAAAUCUGCCCCCCCACCCUCAUGGGGCGGGGAGCCCAGGGCAGCCCAGAGGCUGGGGGGAGGGAGUGGACUUUUGGCCCGUUUCGGUUAUUCCUUCCAUCUAGUCAACAGCUGCCUCGCGCAGGCUUAGCUCAUUCCUCUGACCUGCCAGGAAGCGGAGAGACCCAGAGAGCGGGAGGGAGGCGGAAACCUGGAGGCAGAAAGUAGAGACGGACCUGAGCCGGAGGAAGAAGGAGGCUGAGGCAGAGGCCAGCUCCCCUCCAGCCUGCCCAGACACCUCUUAGCGCGGCCCCUGCCAGUUGCCUAGGGGUUCCACCCCUCCCCCUCUCUGGGGCACCAGGCCCCGGGGCCCUGCAUCCCACCAUGUCGAUGGCUGUGGAAACCUUUGGCUUCUUCAUGGCCGCUGUGGGGCUGCUGAUGCUGGGGGUGACGCUGCCAAACAGCUACUGGCGAGUGUCCACCGUGCACGGGAGCGUCAUCACCACCAACACCAUCUUCGAGAACCUCUGGUUUAGCUGUGCCACCGAUUCCCUGGGCGUCUACAACUGCUGGGAGUUCCCGUCCUUGCUGGCCCUCUCUGGGUAUAUUCAGGCCUGCCGGGCGCUCAUGAUCACCGCCAUCUUCCUGGGCUUCCUCGGCCUCUUGCUAGGCAUAGUGGGCCUGCGCUGCACCAACAUUGGAAGUCUGGAGCUCUCCAGGAAAGCCAAGCUGGCGGCCACCGCAGGGGCCCUCCACAUCCUGGCCGGUAUCUGCGGGAUGGUGGCCAUCUCCUGGUACGCCUUCAACAUCACCAGGGACUUCUUCGACCCCCUGUAUCCCGGAACCAAGUACGAGCUGGGCCCCGCCCUCUACCUGGGCUGGAGCGCCUCCCUGAUCUCCAUGCUGGGCGGCCUCUGCCUCUGCUCCACCUGCUGCUGUGGCUCUGAUGAGGAUACCGAGCAGGGUUGGGGAGAGGGCGACACCCCAGCUCUGACCGGGGCCCCGCCCCGCAGCGCCCGGCUGCCUUACGGGGCUCCACUGUCCGUGAAGCCAGUCACCAUCUCGGACCAAGAAGACGACAGCAGCUUUGACAAAUACGGCAAAAACGCCUACGUGUAGCAGCUCUGUCCCGUGGGCCCCACUGUCCUUAUCACUGCCCCGCGGAGAGGGGUCCUGGCCGGGACCCAUUCCCCAGUAGAAACUUCAGGGGCCGGCCACGCCCCGCGCCGGAGCCACGCCCCACAGGCCACGCCUCCCCGGUCGGAGCCUCACCCCGGCCACGCCCCCACCAGGACAAGAACCGCUCUUGGGAAGUCGCAUGCCCCCCUGAGGCUGGAUCCCUCAUCUUCUGAGCCUGGGCUCUGGGCUGUGAAGGGGACGGAGGUGUCCUCGAACGUUUGUAUUCUGUAUAAAUACUAAUAAAUGUAUAUUGUGACCGUU